ACAGGACCUAGAUCUGGCUGCACUUAAAGCGUUGUUUUGCUUUUCAAUGUUGUCUCGCGUUCACACCAUGCCACAGCAAGAGACACACACACAUACACAUAUAUGUGUGAGUUUUCGGCAAGCAAUGCUUUAUGCUUUUGUCGUGCAACUGUCUGCAGCAAGUUCUUUGCCACACACUCUUUAUUUUGGCUUGGUCUGCUGCUUUGUUGGCCAAGUCGCCGUCGUUAAGCGUGACUUUCUUAUUGUUGCCUUUUUUGCAUAGACAGACCGAGCGACAGCCUCAACGAGUCGGCCACGAAGUUCACAACUUGCAACCGAGCAACAAGCCACAAAAUGCCCAAGCGUAGUCUGCAGUCAGCUUUAGUCUUUGGCAAGAUUUUAUCGCGUGCGGACGUGUUUUAAAUUUUGGUUGCUAUACAAAGCAGAACGUAAGCUUGCGGCGCCACCAAAUGUUGCAUUGAGAGCAUAAGUUCAAGUGCACAAAAAACAAAAUAAUUUCAUAUUAAACAUAAAUAUGCGUGCAACAAUAACAAAAACAAUAACAUGUGGCAACUGGAGCUGGCUUGGCCUCGCCUGUUGCUUCGUUUGUCUGGCUGCAGUUGCUCAGGCAGCAGACACCAGCAGCAGCAGCAGCUCAACAGCGACAACGACACGAGCGAUGCCCAAGGAUGCCACGCACUUGUAUAAAAUCAAAAGACAGGACAAAUACCAACAGCAACAGUUGCAUUUGCAGCUGCAACAGUUGCAGGGCCAGGCAGCGUUGCCGGUUAAGAAACAGAAACAAAAACAACUGACAAGAGGUGCACAUGGCUCCAACAAGAAGCUGCUGAGCAAAAUGGGAUUCAUGAAGGUAAAGGCGCCCAACAGUCAUAACCGCAAACGCUUGGCGGUUGAGUCACGACGUCACGCAUCACGGGAUGAUUCACACAUGUUCAUUAUCAAGCUGCCUCCUAAUAUGCACUACUAUGCCAAUCCCAAUACCAGGAAUGCACUGGAAAUGCCAGCAACAACAAAGUUGCAGAGUCAAAGUUACAAAGACAACGACAACGCACAAAAAUUGUUUCCCGCAGCAGCAGCCGCAGCAGCAGCAGAGACUGAGGCGUCGGCGUUGAAAGCUAACGGGAAAAAGGUAUCGUUUCCGUUCAGCUCCAAUGGUCGGCCCGGUCGCAUUUAUCAUUGGAAUUUGCCCGUUUUGAAGCAGGCCAUGCAGAAGAAGCCGCACUUUGCCCAUGUCUCUGCGGAGGAUCGCAAUCGUCUGCUGGACAUUGAGAAUAUACCCACAUGGCGCAAGCCCUGGGAGAAUGAGACCAUUGAGAAGUCCUUUGCACCAGGCGCAGGCGACGCUGGUGGCAAGUCCAAAUAUAGAAAAUCUCUGAAGCAAAAAUCUCCCACAUAUUAUGCGCCGGCGCAGGCGGUCAAUAAGCAAAGCUUCCACAAAUACUUUGCCGGCAAUGGCAAGCCCAAGGGCUUCUAUGUCAUCAAGGAGCACCAGGCCAAGCCGCAGUUCUAUCAAAAUAUCAUAUCAUAAAUCUAACUGUAAGCUAUUCAUAAGCUUAAUACUCGUAUAAGACUGUGGUGUGGGCGAAUUUUUUAAUUUCUUUCGUAUUGCUGCGAGCAGUGCCUAGAGUUCCAGUCUUGUAGAGACUGCUUUCCGUCCGAGUUUUAUAUUUUUAUACGAAAUUCUUUAAGAAAAAUAAACUGCUCGUUUUUAUAACUAAGUUGCCUACAACUAAAAAUAAAC